AUGAGAAAGCUCAGUUCAGUUCUGCUGGCGGCUGCCGUGCUGGGGGCCGCCCACGAAGUGGAGAGCGGCGACUCGACUGAAAAAGGGUCGGCAGCAUCCGCCGACUGCCUUGCCGACUUCAAUGCCGCUCGAGAACGAGCAGGCCUUGAAGCCUUCAUUGCAGAGACUGACGCAAGCAAGAAACUGCCAACAGACAAAAAAGAGUAUAUCGCAGCUAUUUGCUCUGCCAUAGAGAAGGCAAGCUGCCGAAUUUGCCUUGCCAUUUCCGGAGCAGCGUCUGACGUUACUGUGCCAGAUGCCGAGCGCGAAGGCACCUAUGCCUACGCUAAGCCUACCCCCCAGGACGGCGCCACAGUUGACUGCGCCUACAUCACUUGCCCUAUCUCCACAACGACAACCACAACCACCCCUACCACUACCAGUGAUACCACUGCAAGUACAGAACUCCCUACCAGCCCGAACGAUGGAGGCGGAGCUGGUCUUUUUAAUGCUGAACCAAAAGAUGCGGGUUCAGCGAGCUUGGAUGUCCAGGGACAGGCGUCAGCAGCCGCACCCAUAUCCUCCCCUGUAUCGGGUGACGAAGAGUCUGAAGACCCUCAAAGGGCUGGGCCAUCCGUUCGGCGCCUCUCCACACCUUCGGAGACGGUUACCGCCCUCGUAUGCCUCACCAAUCCGGCGGCUCUUGUAGAAGGAAAAAAACCCUUCUCUGAGGAUGUUUGGGCGAACAUAAAGGAAGCCAUAGAAAACUCCGCCUCUACCUCUAGCCAGUCUGCUCUACUUGCUACCGCUCUACUUCUGUUCACUUCUUUCAUAGUUCUCUAG